UGAGAUUCUGUCGUGUUAGGGUUGCUGAAAUCACGAUUAGAUUGUUUUUGUGUUAUUGUUCCCUAUAUCUCUCUCACUGUUCCAAAAUGUUGUUCCAGAGUCAUCUAUCACAGAUUAAUUAGCGUUCAAUGUACACGUUCUUCCAGCAUGAGAAUGGAUUGAGGAUUUGAUGAUUGUAAUUGCUGUUUUGUUUAUUACUUAUGCACAUUUGUGAAAAACUGGCGUUUAUCACUUUAUUCUAGGCUGAGUACGGUGGAUUUGACCUAUGGAAGCUGCAAUUCCUUCUCGAAACUCUUUGCAAUUCUUCACUUGGUAGUAGUUAUUGAUUAACCGCCGUGUAUUGUAUUUUAGCACUAUCACAUACUGCCAGAGGUUUGAUUAAUGCCAUACAAUGAAUUUUAAUAUUCUUUCCGUGAUCUUGAAAAAGGAAAAGACUUAUCGCUAUAACAUUCAUGGUUGUUGGCCGAAUUUCUAAAAGUUGUAAUAGUAUGAGUAACAUUUGUGACAUUUUGAGAAUUAAGAGAGAGCAUUAACAUGUCAGAUCGCAUGAUUUUGUUUGUAAAUGUUAAUCACAGUCCUUUUUCUUUAGCAAACCUGAAUCCAUUUUUGCAUUUCUUCUAAAGCCAGUUGCAUUGAUUCCAUGGUAUCCUUUAUUUUGCACGAUAAUCUCAGUAACUUUAGCACCAGCUCUAGAUCAAAAUUGAUGCUCUAAUACCAAUUGAUAGGACUCUGAUCUUGCAAUAGAAAUUGACAGUGAAUAACACUGAAAUCGUAUUGCGCUUGUAAUGGCUUGGUCUCUCCCAUUGGCCUUAUAGACUAUGGAAUUGGUAAGGCUAUAAGCAAAGUUGUCCACAAUCAUGACAGGGAGUUGAUUGAGAUUGCUGCACAUAGACCCGAUCCUUAGUAAAUCAUUCGGCAUUGCCCCUUCGAGCGCGAAAGGAAAUAUUUAAAUUAUCCAGUUGACCUCUGCUGUGGAGCAGAGAUGAGCAUGAGGUUGGUAGAAAAAUGUGUUAAGCUGUCAACUCACAAGAACUUUCUGGCUUGCAAUAAAUUUGGUUACCACCCUCGAGCUCUGCAUAAUGGUCCAGACACCAUUGAUGAACUCUUAGACAUACAUGUGGUAAAAAAAGAAAAGUCCUUUGAUGACGAUGAAGAAGAAUUGAUAACUCAGCGACGCCUCACCAGCACUCGACGUGAGUCUCUAAGUCUCUACAGGGACAUUCUCCGUGCAACUCGAUUCUUUAUGUGGCCGGAUUCUCGAGGUGUCUUGUGGCGAGAUGUUCUCAGGCAGAAUGCUCGGAAGGAGUUUGAGGACGCCCGCUUUGAGACUGAUCCAGAAAUUGUGACCAGACUUCUCAUUGGUGGGCGUGAUGCAGUGCAGUCGGCUCUUGACAAGCUUGCUGAGAAGCAGAGGCAGGAGAUUGAUAAGAAACAAAGUGGUGGAGAUCGACCCUGAUAUCUUAUAUGUUGAAUGUAUUAAGAUUGCUGCAUUUCUCACCUUUUUUUUAAUUUGGAAAACAUUAGGAUUCUUCUUUACAAGUUCACUGCGCCCAGAGAGGGAAGGAAAUUUUCUUCU